GAAGUCUAAUUUAAGUGCAUAUGGUACCAUUAAUAACAAUAUUUAUUUUCUAUUUUAUAAUCAAUAAUCAUCAAACAUAAGUCAAACAUCACUUGGAAAUCGGAGGGUUCGCACAUUUCUUGGUGCAGUACCUCAACACAGAAAAAUAAAGCUCGUGCAUUAAAUUCACAACGUGUCCGUUGGGCCACAACUCCAUCGACAAAUCGUAACAAAAGAAAGCUCCCACAGUCAUGAGUCAACCGAAGCACCAAUCCCCCAAACCUCAAUCACUUCACACCACCACCACCACCACCAAACCAGAGCCUCUCAUCAUCAUCAUCAUCAUCAUCAUCAUCAUCACCAUCACCAUCAGACAAUCAUGAUGAUCAUGAUUAUGAUAAGUCCUGCUCAGUCACCGGAGGAGCAACUUAAUAAGGCCACGUCAUCACCACCACCAUCCAACCUUCCCGUUGAUUUCAGCCCUCCGUUGAUCGCCAUGGUUGUCAUCAUCGCCACCGCUUUCAUCAUCGUCACCUACUCUCGCCUCAUCUCCCGCCACUUAGUCCACCUCCACCGCCGCUGGCGUCGUUGGCGCCGCCGCCGCCACCUCCUCCGAUCCUACGUACCCUCCUCCACCGGCGACGCCUCCUUCGAGUCUCCGCUAUACGACUUCGAUUCCACAGCCGAUGGCUUCUGCAUGUACGGCCUAGACGAGUCCGUUAUCAAGACCAUUCCUCUAUCGGUCUACACCAGAAAAAGCAACGUUUACGAGUGCGCUGUUUGUCUUAUUGAGUUCGAAGAGAACGAUUACGUUCGCACUCUUCCGGUUUGUGCUCACGCGUUUCACGUUGAUUGUAUUGACAUAUGGUUAAGAUCACACGCCAAUUGUCCUCUGUGUCGCGCCGGAAUAUUCCGACCGGAAUCUCCAUUCAUUCCGGUCAUGGCCGCCAGAAUACGGCCGAGUCUCGACGACGUGAUCAUCGAGGGAACCAUGCUCGGACCGUUGACUGAAGUUCCGCCGGAAUCUGACACUGCAGCAGACGGAGAUGAGAUUGUGCCGGAACCGAUGAAUCCGUCGGAGGAUCGUUUCAACGGCGGGACUGAAUUCUUGCUGAAGCGAUCGUACUCGUUCGGAUUCGAACGAAAUUUGGGAUCGGAGAGGUUGAUGAUGGAGCCGGCGACGGCGUCGCCGUGGAGGUACCGGCGGGGAGGAGGCUUCUGGAGCAAGAGGCCAUCGCCGUUCAGUUCGUUGAUGAAACCUAGGGUUUUCUCGUUCAGAUACUACAGGGGGAUGAACAUGAAGUCUCCUUUUUUCCGGAGGCGGGGAUCAGGAGGCGGAGGAGGAGGAGGAUUGUUUCCGUUGUCGGAGAGGUUCGCCGGCAAUGGCGGAGGAGGAUCGUCAAGGCGGACCAAGUCGUUGACGAGCCCGAUGUUCAUGAGAUCUUCCGGGGGAUUGUUCUCGUCCAGUCGACUGAGGAGUGGAGAUCCGGAGGCAUUGCUGUCACCAGAGAGAUUCAACAGAAGGUAGACGAUGGUACGAUCAUCGGAAAAAGGCUUACCGGAGUGGAGUGGAGUGAGUUGGUGGUUGUAGCGGUGGUGGGAAUGGGGUCAGAUGCUUUAAUGGAGGGUCGCAUGGGUAAAUUAAUGAAUUGCACUGCCAUUUGUAGGCGGUCAUUAAAUGGGUGGUGGGAGGGCAUUUAAUGAAAAAUUGACGAGAGCGUGGGAUCUUUUAUUCUCUCUCUCUCCCUCUUUUUCUCUCUCUAUAAGAUCAGUAUACUUGUAUCGAUACAUAUAUCUAUAUUUUAUAUACAUGUAUAUAUAGCGGUGGUUUUCGUUUAGCCCCUCUGUGGUUUUGUAGACUUAUAGUCACCCACAAGAGUUUGAAACAGCUGAGGCAGGCAACUCGUUUAUUUUUUUUUAAAAGUUACAGGCAAUUCAUUGUUGGCACAUUGACAUGUA